CCAACAGCAAACUCACGAUUCGUAAUCGACGAACGCCACGAACGAUUUCGAUUAAUCGAUUAAUCGAUUCAUCGCCGGCACCACGCGGGCUGUUACCGUAUCCCCCCGACUAUACGAAAGGCGCCUUUCGCGUGGAUUUUAAAGCAAAAAAGUUGCGGGAAAUCGUCUUGUAAUCCGGUCUAUUUGUUCAUAUCAGCGCGUAGUCAGAGUUGUAGGGCUUUAAUUGGCGACCGCGCGGCCAGUUUGUGGUGCGUCUCACUUUAAUCAUCGGGGUUCUCUCGCCCGAGAUUACGGGAAAGAAUCUCCGGCACGGCCCGAGCGAGUGAGUCGGCGAUUACGAUUAACUUGCCGGUCGAUUCCUCGUCUCGAUUUUUGUUGUUGGUUGUUGUCGUCGUUGUUGGCGAGUUCCCCGCCGCCGCUCGUCACCGUCCGUCGCCCCAAUUUGAUUUUUAAAAUUUUAUUUAUUUUUAAACGACAACGAACGAGAGAAAACUCUCAAACGAGAGUGCGCGCCCGUCGAUUCGACGCAACGAUCCGCGGGCUGGAGCGAGAAUCGACGAAUCGAUCCACCGCGUGUGUCCUUUAAGCCCCGGCGCGGCGCUUUUUGACUUUUAGCACCUCGCGAUUCAGAGAGGGGGAGAGACACAAAACCAGUGACCUCCUCAGCCGACAAAUCUCUCUGCGUCAUGGCUCGCUACCUGGCUCAGAUCGUCAUGCUGGGAGCUCAGGUGGUUGGCAAAGCGUUCUCACGGGCCGUGCGCCAGGAAUUUGCAGCGAGCAGGGCAGCAGCGGAGGCGCGGGGCCGCGCUGGAAGGCAGUCGGCCGUCGCCAGCGGCAUGACCGGUCUGGGCCUGCAGGAGGCCAAGGACAUCCUGAACGUGAGCAAGUUGGACGCCGCUGAGAUACAGAAGAAUUACGAGAACCUGUUUAAAAUGAAUGACAAGGCUUCAGGAGGGUCCUUCUACCUGCAGUCUAAGGUGGUAAGGGCAAAGGAGCGUCUGGAUGAGGAGCUAAAGAUCCAGGAGAUGGAAAAUCAGCGGAAGACUUCGGAGACGGGAACCUAGCAGGACCUGAUGACACCCAUCUCGACAACACCACUGCAACAACCAGCCCUACAACAACCAGCCCUACAACAACAACAACAAAGCAAUACCCAUCGCUAAAACCAGCACAGGAGCAGAGUACCCUCACUGGAUACACAUCAUUGUGCACCGCACCCUAAGACUGCAUCACAGCACUAAAACACAGCUCUGGAACCCAGGGAAGGGCUUGGUACGCGACGGUUUUAGAAGAGAUUUGUUAUAUAUGUAAUUCGAAGUGAAUAAUACUAGGAACAAAAAAUGUUUGAAAGAAUAAUAAAGUCAAUAUUUAUGGUCAACUUUAUCAUGCCCACCCAGGAAUUUUUUUAGUUGUGUGAUUUUGAAUUACAACUAUGUUAUAUAAAUAUGUAAGUAAAUAAAGAACAUUUUAUCUGAAUGGAGAUUUACAGCUAGCUGCUAAAGCUAAUCAAAGAAUGGAGCCUCCCGAUUAUUUUGGGUGUUCUCAGCAUCCUUGGGAAUGCAGCGGAAGAGCCCGAGCCAGCUUGCUUGGUCAAGCAACCGAAUGUAUCGUGCGGACAGGCACUGACACCAACGUGACAAGCCGCUCACAAGUGGUGGACCUCUUGUGAGGUCAGCAGAGCGAAUGUAAAUGCAAUUUUCCCGUUGAGUGUUUACGAAAUUCACGAGUGCCGCACGUGCCGGCGAUGUCCGUACUUCCUGCUGCACCCAGAUUAGGCAGCGUUCCAUAUCGUAUUGAAUAUUUUCACGACCACUUACAUCGCAAUUAGGAAUUAAUUCGCCAACCAACAAAACCGUACGGGGAUACUAUAAUGUAGGUAUUUGCGGUUGCGCUGUGUUCUCCACAACGGACAGCUGUUAAGCCGCAAUGAUGACUGCACUGCCACCGUCAUUGUAUCUGAUGGUAACUUGACUUUUCUAUGUUAUACCUGUGUUUGGAGUGCCAUUUGAAAUGAACACAAGAUAGCUCUCAACCACGUAAUCCCUCUCCAGACUUCCAGGUGAAAUGUGGUCGGAUUGGCUUGGGUUUGCCGUGGGCCUGCCGGUCGACUUGGCACUUGGGGUGGACUGACAAUUUCGUAGCAGAGUUUUGGGUGGCUUUUAAAAAAAAACUUUCUAUAGUAUGGUCUCCAAAAUUCCAGUCGUCUUGAGCCACGAGGUCCGUUAUUUCCACAUUUAUCAACCGUUUCCAAAUACAAGUCCUCAACACAUGCUCCAUGUACCCAAUGAUUAAUGAACAUGGCCAACGUGACUGACAGCCUUUUGCAAAUUCACUGGAUGCAGGAUUCCCCCCCUCGCCGAGAUCAGAAGUACGAGUUGAAGUGAGGUGGUUCGGACCACUCACCACUAAUGUUAGCCAAGGCCGAGGAAUUGAACUCCUCAUGGUGCAGGGUUCACUCAAAGCAGGGCGUUAACCACUGCACCAGAGCCCGAUUCCCCUAAGUUUAUUCGAUAUAUUCAUUGAAUCGGCACUCUUUGUGGCACACCAGACGCACAAACGAGAUUUCCGUCGGUUAGAAUAAUUCCUCAAGGUUACGUGGAGCGUGCUUACCGAUCAGAGCGCAUACAGCGCGUAACAGCAACAUGGCAAAUGUGGGAUGACGGACCGUGGGAAGUUUGGAAAGCCAUCCUCAUGGGAUGUCACAGGCUGCUAUGAAGGAGUCAUUGUUGUCCGUGUCUAAGUCCACGGCUGUACACCCGUCUUGAUGUGUGUUGCUAAACACCGAUUGUGAACGAAUCGUUGUGUUAAAGGUCUGUACACAUCCAAUAAAUGAUGCACUUCCGUGAAGCCCCAUCAUCACGACCCCGAGGCGUCGCU